AUGGAAUUAGACAACCAGACGUGGGUGCCUGAAUUCAUCCUCCUUGGCCUGUCCAGUGACUGGGACACUCAAGUCUCUCUCUUUGUCCUGUUCCUGCUGAUGUACCUGGUGACAGUAUUGGGAAACUUCCUCAUCGUUCUUCUGAUCAGACUGGACAGCCGACUCCACACUCCCAUGUAUUUCUUUCUCACCAACCUGUCCCUUGUGGAUGUGUCUUAUGCCACAAGCAUAGUCCCUCAGCUGCUGGCUCACUUUCUUGCAGCUCAUAAAGCCAUUCCAUUCCUGAGUUGUGCAGCCCAGUUAUUUUUUUCACUGGGCUUGGGUGGGAUUGAAUUCCUUCUUCUGGCAGUGAUGGCCUAUGAUCGCUAUGUGGCGGUGUGUGACCCUCUGAGGUAUAAAGUCAUCAUGCACGGAGGACUCUGCACAAGGCUGGUCAUCACAUCGUGGGUGGGUGGCUCCAUCAACUCUCUUGUGCACACUGCUAUCACCUUUCAGCUGCCCAUGUGCACGAAUAAGUAUAUUGAUCACAUUUCCUGUGAGAUUCUAGCUGUGGUCAGGUUGGCCUGUGUGGACACUUCAUCCAACGAAAUUGCUAUCAUGGCUUCUAGCAUUGUCCUGCUUAUGACACCUUUUUUCCUGGUUCUAUUGUCCUACAUCCAGAUCAUCUCCACCAUCCUGAAAAUCCAGUCCACAGAGGGAAGAAGGAAAGCCUUCCACACUUGUUCCUCUCACCUUACCAUGGUUAUCCUGUGCUAUGGCAUGGCCAUUUUUACCUACAUCCAGCCCCACUCCAGUCCCUCUGUACUUCAAGAGAAGGUGAUGUGUCUUUUCUAUGCUGUUUUAACGCCCUUCCUGAACCCGAUGAUCUAUAGUCUAAGGAAUAAAGAGGUAAAGGGGGCCUGGAAGAAACUAUUAGGGAAAUUCUCUGGGUUCUUAUCAAAACUGGCAACUUGA